CGAGACUUUGAGACUUCAUUGCUAAACACUCGCAUUCCGGACACCACAGCCUUUCUGCCGGAGUAUGAUUUCAUCAUUGUGGGGGCAGGAUCCGCGGGAUGUGUGCUGGCCAAUCGGUUGAGCGAGAUAAGCACAGCUUGAGUCCUGCUGCUGGAAGCCGGUGAUCAGGAGACAUUUAUCAGCGAUGUACCGCUAACGGCGGCUCUCACGCAGACUACGCGCUACAAUUGGGGAUACAAGGCGGAGGCCACGCCCAAUGCCUGCCAGGGCCUGAGGAAUGGCGUUUGCAAUUGGCCCAAAGGACGCGGCAUUGGCGGCACCAGUCUCAUUAAUUUUAUGCUAUACACACGUGGACAUCGUCGGGACUAUGACGGUUGGGCAGCUGCCAACAACUCGGGCUGGUCGUAUAAGGAGGUGUUGCCGUAUUUCAAGAAAUCGGAACGCAUUGGCAUCCCAGAUUUAUACAAAUCGCCGUAUCAUGGCCGGAAUGGGCCGUUGGAUGUGCAGUACACG